AUGUCGGGACGACGACGACACGAUCCGUCCAAGUUGUAUCGCUCGUUGCGGCGGGUGCAGCGUCUGCAACAUUGCUCCCAACAACCCCCCCCACGUCACCUUCAGCGUCUUUCUCGGCAUUGCUCUCAAGCGGGCUGUCCGUCCCGUCCUCCACUCAGGCCACUCCUUUGGCUCACUCCUACUCGUAGCAACGGAAAAGUGGUUGGCGACAAAGGAGCAACUGGAAGAGUGGUUAUGAAGGGAGUCGAUGACAGAGCCUCUGCAAGUGCCUUCUAUGUUGUGAUCAACGUGCAUAUCAACAACAUCCGCUCUGGAGGGGCUGGGCCCUCUUUUGACACCGUUUCUUCUUGCCUUGCUGGCAAGUAUGAGGCAGGAAGUGACUGGAAGAACGCCACGACUACCAAGGGUGGUCGGCGCAAGCGCUACAGCUUCACUAGCUACACUAGCGGGGGGAGGCCUGGGAGGUACAACACGCGGGCCGGCCCCGUGGAGGGGAAGCUUAACGUGCACCUCGUAGCGCAUUCGCAUGAUGACGUGGGAUGGCUUAAAACCGUCGAUCAGUACUACAUCGGGUCGAACAACUCCAUUCAGGUUGCUGCGGUACAGUACAUCCUCGAUACAGUGGUGGAGCAGCUGAGCGAGGACCCCAACAGGAAGUUCAUUCAGACCGUUAAAUUCGUGACAUUCCGUGCGCCCCCACGUGCCCUGUUCGCGCAGCAACGGCGGGUGGUGCGUGCACGACGAGGCGGCGACGCACUACACGGACAUGGUGCAUCAGAUGUCCCUCGGCCUGCGCCUCAUCCUCUCCUCUCCCCACACACCCUCCUCCCCUCCCAUAGCAACGGCGGGUGGUGCAUGCACGACGAGGCGGCGACGCACUACACGGACAUGGUGCACCAGAUGUCGCUCGGGCUGCGCCUCAUCCGCCGCCAGUUCGGCCAGGUGCCGCGCGUCGCCUGGCAGAUCGACCCCUUCGGCCACUCCGCCGUGCAGGGCUACCUCAUCUCCGCCAUGGUGGGUUCCGCAAUGGUCCGUGCUGCUCGGUGCUGCUGGGUUCUGCUGGGCGCUUCUAGGCCAGCCCGGUGUUCUGCGCACGCGCAGAGCAGACUACGAGGACAGCACUGUUCCACCAGUUCACUGUUCCACUCUUUCACCUCGCCCUUUACUCCUCUCCCCUGCCCGCUUUCCCCCCAACAGGGCGGGUUUGACGCGGUGUUCUUCGCGCGCGCGGACUACGAGGACAGCGAGGCGCGGUACCGCGCGCGCACGGCGGAGUUCGUGUGGCGCGCGUCCGACACGCUUAAGGAGCGCGCGGAGGUGUUCGGCGGGCGGCUGUACGUGCACUACCUGCCGCCCGACUCGUUCCGCUACGACACCAACAACUGGGACCCGCCCGUGCAGGACGACCCUGAGCUAUAUGACUACAAUGUGCAGGAGCGGGUGGACAAGUUCGUGGAAACUGCGCUCAAACAGGCAGAGAGCUACCGUACAAACCACAUCAUGUGGACGAUGGGUGACGACUUUGCGUACAGCAACGCGGUGACGUGGUUCCGCAACAUGGACAAGCUCAUCCACUACGUCAACCGCGACGGGCGUGUGAACGCAUUCUACUCCACGCCCUCCAUCUAUGUGGACGCCAAGCACCGCGCCAACGAGUCCUGGCCCCUCAAAACGGGAGACUUCUUCCCCUAUGCGGACUGCCCCCACUGCUACUGGACGGGGUACUUCUCCUCCCGCCCCGCCUUCAAGCGCUACGUGCGCCACUGCAGCGCGCUGCUCCUCGCUGCCAGGCAAGUAGAGGCCUUGGUGGGGCGAAGCAGGCUGGGGAGAGAAUUGGAAGGGGUGGGUGUGGGAGGGGAGGGGCAGGCGUGGGGGGUGGAGGAUCUAGAGGAGGCGAUGGCGGUGGCGCAGCACCACGACUCGGUGAGCGGCACGGCCAAGCAGCACGUCAACGACGACUACACCAUCAGGCUCUACCGCGGGGCCGUCAAGGUGAGCGUUGCGGGGACUGGGCUGCUUUUGACACGCCUUAAAUGUGAGCGGCACGGCACGGCGAAGCAGCACGACAACGCCGACUACACGCUGCGACUCUACCGCGGGGCCGCGAAGGCCUCCUCGCUGCUCACACGGGCCAUUCGCUACAUGAUCUCCCGCCAGUCAGACGCUGACACGUGGCGGUCCCAGUCUCUCCUGCAGCAGAUGCCACGCUCCCGGCCCAUCCGCCCUCCCACCUCGCCCCUCAUGCGAGCGCUCAAGAAACGGGGCGCAGCAGCAGCAGCAGAAGAAGAAGAAGCAUCACCGGUAGCAGCAGCACUGGAGAACCAAGCAGGCACAAGCAGGCAGGGUCUGAAGCUGAGCUUUGAGCUCUGCCCGCUCGCAAACAUUUCGUUCUGCCCGCCUUCGCAAACGGAUCUUCAGGACGGAAAAGUUCUCGUCGUAGCAGUGUACAAUCCACUGGCAUGGGCGCGCAAGGAGGUCGUCCGAUUUCCUGUGAGCCACCCUUACCCUCCUAGACCCUCUUUGCCCAUUGCCUCUCACCACUGCCUCCACUCGUCUCACCUUGCAUCAGUCUCUCACCAGCUCCAUUAUAGUUGCAACUCUUUCUCCAUCAUCACUCUCCCUUCCAUUGUCCUCUCCUCAUGUUUUUCCCCUUUCUUUCUCUUCUCCUCUCCAUUCCUCACCGUUCCUUCUCCCCUUGUUCUUUCCCCCCUCUCCUUCGCCACCUCUUACCGCGUGCCCCAUCUUGUCCAGGUGUCAACUGCUGACGUGGAAGUUAUGAAUGCCAGCGGGGCAAUCAUCCCCUCCCAAGUCCUUCCAGACACCCUCCUCCUCCCCUCCACCCGUUCCUUCCUCAUCCAAGCCUACGCCGGACCUGAUGCCGAACCAAACGCUGGGCCGGCCACUGGAGCUAGUGCCGAACCUGGUUCUGCAGCCAGUGCCGAGCCUGGUGGUGCAGGCUCGGAGGCGCUGUCACUAGUGUUCUGGGCGGAUGCGCCUCCCCUAGGUAUUGCCUCGUACUUCGUGCUGUAUAAAUAUCUUGAAGGCAGAGAUCAGGGUGGAGUUAAGGAGGGGAUGGGGCAGGAGAAAGCAGGAGAUGAGGGUGCGGAGCAGGAGGGUAACUUGGAAGGGAGAGUGGUGGAGGGCGGGGAGGAAGAGGGGAAGGUGAUGCAGGAGGCUGAAGAGGAGGAGGAGGAUGAGAUAGUGAUUGGUGGGUGGGCGGAGGGGGAACGGGGCGAGGGCAGCAGCAGCAGUGGCAGCAGUGCGCUGAGGCUCUCCUUCUCCAGGGCGCAAGGGGGCAAGAUGACCCGCGCUGUGCUGCUGACGCGGGGUGGAGGGGAAGCAGAGGCGGAGGAAGGGGAAGCAGCAGCAGCGGGGGCUGCAGCAGUGGCAGAUGUGGGGUUGGAGUGGGCGUGGUACAAUGCGAGUGACGGCAAGGCGAGCAGGGAGGCAUCAGGGGCGUACAUCUUCCGCCCCUUCUCCUCCGUCCCCGUGCCCAUCACCCCGCCCAACGCCACUGCGGCAUCACUGCGGGUGGUGCGAGGGGCACUGGUGGACGAGGUGCACCGCCAGGUGGCGCCCUGGAUCCACGAGGUGAGGGGGAAAGGCGGAGAGGGGGGAAGAGUGGGGAGAAGGGUUUUUUUCUCAGGCACCUCAAAGGCAGGUGGUGCCCUGGAUCUAUGA